CAGCCCCUCUCAGAGUCGGCCAAAGGUCUCUCAAAAGAACGCGCUAUGGCGACUGCUGCUUUGCUUCUGGCGCUUGCUGGCCCGGCACUUGCUGCCCCUGGAUCUUUCAGCAAGCUGAAUCCUGGGCUGAAGGCCGAGCUCCAGCUGCAGGCGAACAGCUCCUGGCACCUGGGCGGCUUCUGCUUUGGGUAUGGCCAUGAUGGCAGUGAGGUGGGGCAGCUGGACGUGCACGUUCGUUGGCAAGGCCGCAAGGCUUUGGGGGAGAGCCCGGUGUAUUUGGCCGGCUUCCAGGGCAAGGAUUGGGAGACCGCCGAGGAGAGAUGGGCAUCCCUCUCAUGCCAAGAGAAGAUGGCGCUUGCUUCUGACACCAGACAUCUUGGUGCCCUGCACCCAGAUCUCGUACUUCUGGUUUCCGGUUCGCAUCGUGCACGGCCAGAAGAGGGACUGGCACUUUGCUCUCCUGUCCUGCGGUGACGUGGAGCAGGCGAAUCUGGAACUGACGGUGGAGGCCACCGAAGGGGCGCUCUCCGUUUUUCAGGCCAGCACCAGCUUCGACGAGAGUAGCUGUCCAGUGGCCCCGAGCUGGUUGGAGAAAGCCAGCUCUGAGACCGUCUUCUGGGGGCUCAUGGUGGGUGUGGCGCUGUGCGGCUCCUGCUGCGUUCUGCUUGUGCUGCUGGGCGGCGCGUGGCGCAGCCGCCAAAAGCCUUCGAUGAAGUGGCAGCAAGACUCGGAGCUCGUGAUUGGCAAGCCCUGCAGCGAUGCGCCGCAUGCCGACGUGGUGGAGGGAAAGACCAAGAAGUCAGACGACCUCGUGAAGGACGCAAGCGCGCCGCGUUCACCCUUGAGCGCGCCUGCGCAGCCAGAGGAGGUGGAUGAGACUAUGCCAGUUUGAGCAUGGAGGCGAAACGGCACUGAGGGAAGAUGGCAUCCCCUCAGCUUGCGCUCAAUCUCCCUAUGGCGUGCGUCCAGGUGAGUGGUGACUCUCCCAGGUAAUACUGGGACGGCUCAAGCCGUUUUGUGUAAAACCUCAGGUUUUUUUUUUGACUGCGUUGGUGGCCCCUUUUUCUACUCUCGGCCACCAAAGCAGUCAUCGGCCCAUUUUGGCCCUGUCCAUUUUUGGAGCAACGGCAAAAUGUCGUUGGCCAGCCCAGGCUUCUUGGCAUGUAUAGUUUUCAAGCGCCCGGCUGCAUGAUUUUCUGAGCCAACAGCUGAUGCUGCAAAGAUGUUGCUCCAUAGAUUAGGCAACAUCCAAGUACAGCAGGCUGUAAGGUUGAUCUUUGGCGCUGCGUCGCAGCCAUAAUCUUUGGAUUCGCAUGGAAUCCUAGACUCCUCAGACCCUUCUGCUCCCGCAGGAAUGG